AUGCAUGCCAAAAGAACAAUCAAUGUGGUUGGUGUUCAUGCCGCCGGGGAAGUUGGCGAUGUUAUUGUCGGCGGCGUUUUGGAUGUCCCGGGAAAAACCAUGUUUGACAAAAUGAUGUACUUCUGGAAGAACGCAGACGAUAUCCGACAGAUAAUGUUGAAUGAGCCGCGCGGUCGUCCCUCCAAAAAUGCGAACCUCAUCCUUCCUCCCUGUGACCCUCGGGCCGAUGCAGGCUUUAUCAUCAUGGAAAGCGAGGAGUAUCCUCCGAUGUCCGGUUCGAACACAAUUUGCACAACUACCGUUUUGCUGGAAACAGGCAUGGUCAAAAUGCAAGAACCAAUCACAACACUCAAUUUAGAUACCGCAGCUGGCCUUGUCACCGUCAGUGCUGAAUGCGAAUCCGGGAAAUGCAAGACAGUCGCUUUUAACAACGUUCCUGCAUUUGUGUUCCAUCUUGAUUUAGAAGUUGAGGUCCCUGGGAUUGGCAAGGUUCUGUGUGAUAUCGUCUGGGGUGGAAUGAUGUAUGCAAUUCUUGACAUCAGUCAAGUUGGUCUGACCAUCGAUUCAAGCGAUGGAGAGCGAAUUGUCGAAUAUGGCGAACGAGUUAAACGUGCCGUACAACGAACGGUCCACCCUAUUCAUCCAGAAAAUCCGGGAAUUAACGGCGUGACCAAUUUGGUUUUUACAGAGCCACUACAGAGUGAAACUUCAGGAAAGUCUGCACGCAAUGCUACUGUUGUGUCGCCCGGACGCCUUGAUCGAAGUCCCUGUGGAACUGGUACAUGCGCUCGGAUGGCUCAGCUAUAUGCCCGAGAUGAGCUUCUAGUCGGCGAGUCUUUCCGUCAUAUCAGCCCUAUUGGUACUGAAUUCAUGGGCACAAUUCGGGGAACAACCAAGGUCGGAGAGUAUAACGCGAUUCUCCCUACUGUUAAAGGAAGUGCCUGGAUUACGAGUUAUCAACAAGUCGUUCUAGAUCCUAGCGACCCAUUCCCCGAGGGUUUUCGAGUUGGUGAUUCGUGGCACGUGUCGAAAUAG